UGUAACCGGAAAUGUAACUAGUUCCAGUCAGGCAGCUUGACGGACGAGUUUAAGGAACUGUAAAAUAAAAUAGACUGAACAGGUUCGAAAUGAACAGGAACAGUGUUUAAAGGUCCCGCAUAGAACCAUCAACGCGUUCAUAAACGCUUCUGUCCUGCCAAAGUUUAGCUAAACUUCUUCUCCUCACGCUCCUGUUAUUAAAGGUAGCGUGUCGCCGCGUGUUCGCCGAGUUCAGAUUUACGACCCGUUCGCUUUAACUCUUACCGCCCAGGUCUGCGGGUCACUUACUGUCUUUAUCCGAGGAGUCUUUUCACUCCAAAAAUCUGCCCAUACGGUAGUUUAACUCGACACUAAUCCAACGUUCUCUUACAAAGGAUGAUACUUACAUGGUGAGGGAAAUAAGCUGAUAUAAAGUGGCGCCGCUAGUUUAGUUCGCUUCGCUAGCAAUCCCAGCAUGCUUUGAGCAGCGAACAGGCUGCUUGCAAUACACCCACCAUGCAUUGGGAGCGAACUUUGAACGGCGUGUGUUCGCCUGGUAGGUUCGCUUUCAGUAAAUACACACCGUCACGCGGCAGCGGCGGUGUAAGCUAACAGGAAGGGGCGGCAGGAAGGAGGAGCCGCUGCUGCGGUAAAGGUAUUCCGCGUUGCAUUGACUCGCCUUCCCUCUCACUCUCCAAAGCGAAGCGAAGGAGUCAUCACCCCGUUAAACUUCUUUAAACCCAGAAUGUACCGGUAUUUUGGGGAGUUCCUCACCCGAGGAGCGGGCAGCGUCCUGGCCUCAGGGUCGGCUGCCGCUGCUGCGGAGUCGGCUCUGCCCGCGUCCGCGUCCCUGCUGCGCUUCCGUGGCUACAGCCAGGCCGUGGACCAGGACGACGACCCAAACUUUUUCACCAUGGUGGAGGGCUUCUUCGACCGGGGCGCUGCAAUCGUGGAGGACAAGCUCGUCGAGGGCCUGAAGACCCGGGAGAGCCCCGAACAGAAGAGGAAGCGCGUCCGUGGGAUCCUGAAGAUCAUCAAACCGUGUAACCACGUCCUGAGCGUCAACUUCCCCAUCAAGAGGGACAACGGGGAGUGGGAGAUGAUCGAGGCGUACCGCGCGCAGCACAGCCAGCACCGCACACCCUGCAAGGGAGGAAUCCGUUACAGCACCGAGGUGUGCAUGGACGAGGUGAAGGCGCUGGCCUCUCUGAUGACGUAUAAAUGUGCUGUCGUGGAUGUGCCGUUUGGUGGAGCCAAAGCUGGAGUGAGGAUCAACCCAAGGAAAUACUCUGACAUUGAGCUGGAGAAAAUUACCCGGAGGUUCACCAUCGAGCUCGCCAAGAAAGGAUUCAUAGGACCAGGUAUCGAUGUUCCUGCUCCAGACAUGAGCACUGGGGAGAGAGAGAUGUCCUGGAUCGCAGACACCUUUGCCACCACCAUGGGUCACUACGACAUCAACGCGUACGCCUGCGUCACCGGGAAGCCCAUCAGUCAGGGAGGAAUCCACGGGCGUAUCUCAGCCACUGGCCGAGGAGUUUUCCACGGCAUCGAGAACUUCAUCAACGAGGCGGCCUACAUGAGCCAGUUGGGGAUGUGUCCUGGCUUCCAGGACAAGACCUUCAUCAUUCAGGGCUUCGGUAACGUGGGUCUUCACUCCAUGCGUUACCUUCAUCGAUUUGGGGCCAAGUGUGUCGGAGUCGGAGAACUGGAUGGAAGCAUCUGGAACGCCAACGGCAUCAACCCCAAAGAGCUGGAGGAGUACAAACUGGCUAAUGGGACCAUCGUGGGUUUCCCCGACGCCACCCCGUAUGAAGGAAACAUCCUGGAGGCCGACUGUGACAUCCUGAUCCCUGCUGCUGGCGAGAAACAGUUGACCAAGAGCAAUGCACACAAGAUCAAAGCCAAGAUCAUUGCAGAGGGAGCCAAUGGUCCUACCACACCUGAGGCUGACCGGAUCUUCCUGGAGAGAAACAUCAUGGUGAUCCCGGAUAUGUACCUGAACGCUGGAGGAGUGACAGUUUCUUACUUUGAGUGGUUGAAGAAUCUCAAUCAUGUCAGUUAUGGACGACUCACCUUCAAGUACGAGAGAGACUCAAACUACCACCUGCUCAUGUCGGUUCAGGAGAGUUUAGAGAGGAAGUUUGGGAAGCACGGCGGUGCCAUCCCUGUCGUCCCCACCUCUGAGUUCCAGGACAGGAUCUCUGGAGCUUCUGAGAAAGACAUUGUACACUCAGGUCUGGCCUUCACCAUGGAGCGCUCUGCCAGGCAAAUCAUGCGUACAGCCAACAAGUACAACCUGGGUCUGGACCUGCGGACAGCGGCCUACGUCAACGCCAUCGAGAAGGUGUUCCAGGUUUACAACGAGGCCGGACUCACCUUCACAUAGAGUCCCACCACGCACACCAGUCUGUUUUCUGUUACCUGUUUGUGACCUUUCACCUGUCUGUUUCCUUUCACAUGUCUGUCUGUUACCUGUCUGUCUGUUACUUGUCUGUCUGUUACCUCUGUCUGUUACUUGUCUGUCUGUUACCUGUCUGCCUGUUACCUGUCACCUCUCUGUGACCUGUCUGUCUGUUACCUGUCUGCCUGUUACCUGUCUGUUACCUGUCUGUCUGUUACCUUUCUACCUGUUACCUGUCUGUCUGUUACCUGUCUGCCUGUUACCUGUCACCUCUCUGUUACCUCUCUGUUACCUGUCUGUCUGUUACCUGUCUAUCUGUUACCUGUCUGUCUGUUACCUGUCUAUCUGUUACCUGUCUGCCUGUUAAUCCUCUUCUUCUCUCUCUUCUUCCUCUCCCUCCUCUUCACUUCUUCCUCUCCCUCCUCUUCUCUCUCCUUUGUCUGUUUAUGAGAAGUUAACCAAACACCGGUGUCUUAGCUUUAUCCUGCUGCUGCUCAGCUGCUUCAACACGUGGAAUAAAGGUAUAGACUUAAAUACCUGUAGAAACAGGUGAUGGGCCUUAAAACACAGAGGAACUCUGUCACGUUUACCUGCAGCGCCAUGCGGACAAACUCUGUGGACACCUUCAUGUCUGCCUGUGUGCUGAUGGGUGUGUACUUCCUGUCAGUGGCCUGAGUAGAACCAUGAGCUCUUAAUGCUCGAGUGUUAGACACCGGCGCACACCGUGAUCUGUAUGAAGUGUUUACAACUCUAAGAAAAUCUAACAUAUCGAAAUGAAUUCACUUUUCUUCCUUCAGCCGAAGAAAAGAAGAGUUUAAUCCUUAGUUUGACUUUUGUUGAUGAGGGCUAUUUAAAAAGAAAACCUGAAAACACACAAACUCAAGGAUUGAUAUGUAAACAUUAUCCUAAAUGUUCAUCCAGAAACAUGAAAUGAUCUUCAAACUUUUGUUCUGUUGAUAAUUUAAACAUUAACAUAUUUCAGUUUUAAAAACAUAAACCUCAGUCCUGAGACCUAGAGGCUGUUUGAAGGUGUCCACAGGCUGUAGUCCACAGAGCGUCCUCACCUGUCCAGGUGACCAGCUUUUAUAGAUGAAUGUUUUUAUUAUAAAUGCAGAGCACAAUGCCUCAGGUCUUUCGCUUGAAUAUUUACUGCCUUUAAACUCAGACACUUUAUUAAAGGAGUAUUCUGCUGCUUUUUUCUCUUCACUCCCAAACACCAGACAGGUUUUAUUCAGCAGCUGGUUUCAGCCAAGAUCAACAUCCCGGACAGAAAGUUACUUCACUUUACUCUGCAGUGAAAUCAGCUCUAACCAGGUCCUUCCAAAUAAAACUCACAGGGAUAUGUUGUUGUUUCAGUCUGCACCAGACUGUACCUGUCAGUCUGCACCAGGCCGUACCUGUCAGUCUGCACCAGGCUGUACCUGUCAGUCUGCACCAGGCUGUACCUGUCAGUCUGCACCAGACUUUACCUGUCAGUCUGCACCAGGCUGUACCUGUCAGUCUGCACCAGGCUGUACCUGUCAGUCUGCACCAGGCUGUACCUGUCAGUCUGCACCAGACUUUACCUGUCAGUCUGCACCAGGCUGUACCUGUCAGUCUGCACCAGACUGUACCUCACAGUCUGCACCAGGCUGUACCUGUAUUAAUGGAGACCAGCUGCUGCUGCUGCUGAGAAAUAAGCUGACAGACACACUUCAGACAUCUCUGAGCAGUGAAUAAAUACCUGACCGGGUGGUUCAAACAUGAAGACCGUCUGGAAUGAUCCUUUAAUCAAGCUGACUUUACACCAACUGUUACUGUUGGUACCUUUCAGGUUAUAGCACAGCUGUAGCUUAUACCAAUGCUAAUGCUAACUUUAAUCUAUGCAGCAAUCUUCUGCGGGUUGUAACCUGAUCACAGACUCCCCACACAGACUGUUUGCUCAGAGUUUAGCACCAACUCAAAUUCAAAUGAAAAACCAAAGACGGCGUUGACGCUCUCCUCGGGAAUGUCAGAAGAACUACUAUAAAGAUUGUUUUCUGUCGAAUGGCACUCAAACACAAAAGUUCAACUGUACAAAGUGAGACAGCGACAGCAUUACAGAUCAUCUGACAAUGAUGAUCAAUGAGCAGGUGUUUCUACCUGUCUGUGUGUCAGAGAGGUCGGACGCUGUGUUUGGCUGAACAUGAGUCAGUUUGUUUAAAGGUCGAAAGAGUCUCAUUUCAGGACGUUUGAUUAUUUCACACUCAGACUGUUCAACAUCAGACCAUUCUUUACACCCUCCUAAACAACAGGGUGUCUAGACCUUCAACACUUCCUGUGUGCAAAAUCUGAACUUGUAUUUGGUGUGUGUGAGCUCUGUAGUUUGAUCUGCUUUAAGAGUCUGUGUGAGGGACUUUUUAUUCCUUUUUGUUAAAACAACACUAAAUAAACACAGCUCAGAAAACGU